AUGAGGAAAGUGAUAGUUGUGGAUGUGACAUGGCUGAAGAACGGAUAUGGCGGUGUUCUAGUUUUCGCCAAAGCUCAAGAUCCUAACCGUCACCAUUAUCUACUUGAGAUUACAGUACUAGAUGGAGAGAAUCAUGCUAGCUGGACUUGGUUUUUCGAGAUGCUUAAAACUGCUAUACCAGACUCUUCGGAACUGGUUUUCAUGAGUGACAUAAAUCAAAGCUUGAUCUUCGCUAUAGCUAACGUGUUUCCACAUGCUCACCAUGGUCAUUUUUUAUGGCAUUUGAAGGAAAAUGUGAAAGGGCAUGCUACUAACGUGAACAAGGAGACAGUUGGGCAUAAAUCCAUGGAGUUGGGCAGAUAUUACACGUUGGCUGAGUUCAACUCACCUUACAAUUUAUUUAAGAUAAGAUAUCCUUCGGCGCACAAGUAUGUGGAGGAGCAUACUGAAAAUGACAAACGGGCAAGGGUUUUUUUCCCACGUGACAUAUACAACUUGGACACAAGCAACAAUGUGGAAUCAAUGAACAACGUGUUUAAAGAGGCAAGGAGGUGGGCCUUAAUACCAAUGCUGGAUUGUAUCAUCAGGACAUUCUCUGAUUGGUUUAAUCAACAUCGGAAGGAUGAUGUUUCUGGAUCAAGCGAUACCAAACUGGUGCCUCUGGUUGAGAAUACUUGCACGAUAUAUGGCAUGUUGCACGAACGCUGCCUGUGCGGGAGCUUAAUAGUUAUGACCUUGAGUACGAGAUCACCGACACUGAAGGGAGGAUGUUUUCGGCGAACUUGGUUGCAAAAACUUGUACUUUGCAAGGUGUGGGAUUAUGAGAAAUUUCCUUGUCUGCACGGACUGGCUGCUUACAUAUAUUCAGUAAGAACGUUGAUUGCGGCGUUGGCAGGCGGCGUGAUAUACAUAUAG